UUAACGAAACAGAGCAGCUCGUCGUCGUGAUUGGGCGAGGUCAAUCUUCCUCGGCCAACGUGGCCGCCGCGUCCGCCGUGCUGCUGCUGCGGCUGCUUCGCAUCCUCUCCGCUCUCGCAGCCGCGAAUCGAAGUGGGAUCGAAGAAGCCACCACCGCGCGUGCCCACUUGCCUCGAGCGCGCAAAGUUUAUCGGCGCAGCCCGAGCGAAUCGCGGCGCUCGUGCUCCAAACCCUAGCCCACUCACCAGCCCGCCAGAUCCGGAGAUCCCGCACGGAGGCGGAGGCGCGGACCCCGCACCCAAUCACACCCUCGCCCGCCUGCCUGCCUGCCAAUGGCACCGCCUCGGCCCUGAUCCGAUCCCGCCCCUCGCCGAGACCCGCGCCCAUGGAUUCCGCCCGGAGCUGGCUCCAGAAGCUGCAGCCGCGGGACAAGGACAAGGAGCGGGGCAAGCCGGCGUCAUCGUCGCCCACGGGCGGGUCCGCGAGGAGGAGGGAGGCGAUGGCCGCGGUCGGGGAGGAGGCGCUGUCCAGCGCCACCAAGCAGAAGGUGGCGGCGGCCAAGCAGUACAUCGAAAACCACUACAAGGCGCAGAUGAGGUCGCUCCAGGAGCGCAAGGAGAGGCGUUGGAUGUUGGAGAGGAAGCUAGCAGAUGCUGAUGUAUCUGAAGAAGAGCAAAACAAUAUCCUUAAGGAUUUAGAGAAAAAGGAGACAGAAUACAUGCGCCUACGGAGGCAUAAAAUGGGUGUUGAUGAUUUUGAAUUGCUGACCAUUAUUGGAAGAGGUGCAUUUGGGGAGGUGAGACUUUGUAGAGAAAAAGCUACAUCCAAUGUGUAUGCUAUGAAAAAGCUUAAGAAGUCUGAAAUGUUACGAAGAGGCCAGGUUGAGCAUGUGAGAGCUGAAAGAAACCUCCUUGCAGAGGUCGAUAGUACUUACAUAGUUAAGCUCUACUGCUCAUUUCAAGAUGACGAGUUUCUGUACCUCAUUAUGGAGUAUCUUCCUGGUGGUGACAUGAUGACUUUACUCAUGCGCAAGGACACACUGACAGAGGAUGAAUCUAGAUUUUAUGUUGCAGAGACAAUACUAGCUAUUGAAUCCAUUCACAAGCACAGUUAUAUUCAUAGGGAUAUCAAGCCUGAUAACUUGCUAUUAGACCGAAGUGGUCACCUGAAGCUUUCAGAUUUUGGCUUAUGCAAACCUCUAGAUAGCAGUAGCUUCCCAAAUCUUAGUGAUCUUGACUCUGCUGCGGGAAAGAGCUCCAAUCCAUCAUUAGAUGGUGAUAAGCAAUUAAGCAAUUGUACUGCUCCCAGGCGGACACAACAGGAACAGCUAUUGCAUUGGCAGAAGAAUCGGCGGAUGUUGGCUUAUUCUACUGUUGGUACACCUGAUUACAUUGCACCAGAGGUAUUAUUGAAGAAAGGAUAUGGGAUGGAAUGUGACUGGUGGUCACUUGGAGCCAUUACGUACGAGAUGCUUGUGGGGUAUCCGCCAUUUUAUUCUGAAGAUCCAAUGUCAACAUGUAGGAAGAUAGUGAAUUGGAGAAAUCAUCUAAAAUUCCCUGAAGAGGCCAUACUUUCAUCUGAAGCUAAAGAUCUCAUUAGCAAGCUGUUGUGUAACGUGGAUCAGAGAUUUGGAACAAAAGGUGUGCAUGAGAUAAAGGCACAUCCAUGGUUUAGAGGUGUUGAGUGGGAGAAACUAUAUCAGAUGGAAGCGGCUUUUAUUCCUGAGGUUAAUGAUGAGUUGGACACACAAAACUUCGAAAAGUUUGAGGAGACUGCUCUUCCGAUGCAAACUUCAUCAAAGGCGGGUCCUUGGAGAAAGAUGCUUUCCUCCAAGGACGUGAAUUUUGUUGGUUAUACCUACAAGAACUUUGAAAUAAUGAAUGAUCCUGAACUUCCAGGAAUUGCUGAGUUAAAGAAAAAGAGCAAGCCAAAGCGACCAACCAUCAAAUCAUUAUUUGAGACUGCUGAUAGUGAAGAUCAGCCUUCUGAAGGGAGCUUCUUGAACCUAUUACCCACGCAAUUGGAGUUGCCGGAGAGCCUUGAGCCCUCGCCUCACUCCAGUAUCUCUUCUGAGGAUUCCCAAGCACGACAUAGGUAGCAGGAGGUAUAUGUUUUCUGGCACCUGUCAACUGUAAACUGAGGUGAAAAAAAGCAAGACUUAGGGGCCUUUCACAAACGGAUGGAUGGUAAUUUGCAGAAUCAAGUGGCUAUUCAGAGGACAAGCUCCAUAAAGUUUGAUUUUGAAUAGCUGUUUGAGGUACCCCAACAGCCAGCUAAUGUGGCAACACCAUCCUGUACAUUUUUUUUAUUGGUUUCAAAGUUCCUUCUGUGUAGUUUGGUUGUCAUAGAGAGGGAGGUAUUUGUUUUCUGCCAUGUAAAUUUCUAGAUUCUACGCGUUGCUGAGAUUCAUUUUUUCGUUGGAAUAUACCAUGGGGUAUGCUGCCAGUUUUUUUUUUUUUUGCGCAGAAAUUUGCAUCCUCACAUUGUAAUAAGAUUUGUGACAAUGUAAAGAAAUUGUGAGUGAUAAGCAAGGAAGUUGUAUUGCAAUUGAUACUCUGUAAAAAAAUCGCUACUUUAUCUUCUAUAUAGUAAAUUGUUUUCUUU